AAUUGUCACAAAACUGAGUUGCUGACUUCCUUGCAGAGACUUUCUAGCCUGUUCAGGUCUGAUUUGUCAUCAUGAUGGCCGGAGGCAUAAGUGAUGCCAAACCCUCGACUCCAGAUGUUCAGCAGCUAGCUGAUCAGAUGAAAUCUCACAUAGAACAGAAGGAAAACAAGAUUUACCCUGUUUUCAAUGCUGUAGAGUUCAAAACACAAGUUGUUGCUGGAACAAACUACUUCAUUAAGGUAGAUAUUGGCCAAGGUAAAUACAUGCACUUGCGUGUAUUGAAACCCCUUCCUCAAAUGAAUGAAGCACCCUCCUUGAGUGGUUACCAGACUGGGAAGGUGGCAAGUGAUCCACUGAACUACUUCUAAUGAGAUUCUUCUGCUAUCUCGUGUGGUUUUUUAAUAUUACAGGAUGCAGAUUGACAUGUUAAAGUCAGCAAGUGACUGCAAAUAAAACAUCUUAUUUGGGAA